GGCCACGCCCCAGCCAUGCGCUUCGGCCGUAGGCCCCGCCCCCUCGGGGACCGCGCGGGGUCGUUGCUACGGGAGCCGCGCGAGGUCGCGCACGCGGCGGAAGCGAAGAUGGCGGCGCCCGUGGAGAUCUGUCAUGUCGCUUGCUGCGCCAACCGGACGGGCGGCGGAGCCGUGUCCUGGGGCCGGGGGGCGCUUCUCGCCUUCGGUAGCUGCCGGGACGUCGUACUCUACGAGCCGGCGGCCGCGCGGGUGGUCGCUGCCCUCCGCGGCCACACCGGCCGGGUGAACUGCGUGCGCUGGGUCCGCCGGCGGGACGGCGCUUCUGAAACAGAGUUAAUUUCUGGUGGAUCUGAUAAACAACUCAUUCUUUGGGAACUGAAUGGAACAGGAAAGUGGAAUAAUCAGCUUGUGAAAAGCAUUCCUCUCAAAGGCCAUGCUGAAGCUGUUUGUGCCGUGGAUGCUGUCUACCAGUCAGAUGAGCCUGAUUCAAAUCUGCUAGUAGCUUCUGCAGCUUCUGACUCUACUGUGAGAAUUUGGUCUCGGCAUGGUUCGGAAGCUAAAUGUAUUGAAAUUCUGCAGUUUGGAAAUGGAUUUGUUAUGGAUGUCUGCUUAUCGUUCUUGCCUGGCAGCAGUGUACCAAUACUGGCUUGUGGUGGUGAUGACUGCAAAAUACAUUUGUUUAUACAGCAGAAUGACCAGUUUCAGAGAACUUUAAUACUCCCUGGCCAUGAGGAUUGGAUAAGAGGCGUUGAAUGGGCAGCCUGUGGUGAAGACCUUUUCUUAGCAAGCUGUGCUCAGGAUUGUUUGAUAAGAAUUUGGAAAGUGUGUGCAAAAUCAAAGGAACUUCCAGAAACUGAAGAUGAUUCCAUAAGACUGAAAGAGAAUGUUUUUACUGUCAAAGAUACUGUUACAACAUAUGCAAUUACUUUGGAGUCUGUGUUGGCUGGUCAUGAAAACUGGGUGUACGCAGUUCACUGGCAACCUUCCUUUUCCAAAGAUGGCAGCAUGCAACAACCAAUGAGGAUAUUGUCUGCAUCAAUGGACAAAACUGUGAUCAUCUGGGAACCUGAUAAGGAAUCUGGAGUUUGGCUGGAACAGGUGCGGGUAGGUGAAGUGGGUGGCAAUACCCUUGGAUUCUCUGACUGCCAUUUUAGUCCAGAUGGUUCAAUGAUCAUUGCUCAUGCUUUUCAUGGAGCACUACACCUUUGGAAACAGGCUGCAGUUAAUAAGAAAGAGUGGACUCCAGAAGUUGUGAUUUCAGGACAUUUUAACAGUGUAGAGGAUGUAAAGUGGGAUCCAGAAGGAGAGUUUAUCAUCAGUGUUGGUUCUGAUCAAACUACUAGACUCUUUGCUCCAUGGAAAAGAAAAGAACACACAGAGGUAACCUGGCAUGAAAUUGCAAGGCCUCAAGUACAUGGGUAUGACAUGCGCUGUCUGGCAAUGAUUGGCCGGUUUCAGUUUGUGUCGGGAGCAGAUGAAAAAGUGCUUCGAGUUUUUCGUGCACCCAAGAAUUUUAUAGAAAAUUUCAGUAACAUCACUGGUAUUGCAGUGGAGAAGCUAUGCUCCCAUCAAUCAUCUGAUCUUCCAGAAGGUGCAACUGUGCCGGCUUUGGGAUUAUCCAAUAAAGCUGUUUUUGAAGGAGAUAUGGCUGUUCAACCAGCUGAGGAUGAAGAAACAUUUAAUUCCAUUUCAAAUCAGUAUCCUGAGAUUUAUUUUCAACCCUUGAUCCUUACAGCACCUCCUCCAGAGGAUCACUUACUACAGAAUACCUUGUGGCCUGAAAUUCAGAAGUUGUAUGGACAUGGAUAUGAAAUUUUUUGUGUUGCGUGCAAUAAUUCGAACACCGUAGUUGCCUCAGCAUGUAAGGCUUCCAAAAAAGAGCAUGCAGCAAUUAUUUUGUGGAGCACUAGCUCCUGGAAGAAACUGCAGAGUUUGUCAUUUCACAAUCUGACGGUUACUCAACUGGCAUUUUCUCCUAAUGACAAAUUUUUAUUAGCGGUUUCUAGAGACAGGAAUUGGUCACUGUGGAGAAAACAAGACUCAUCAGAGUCAGGACCAGUCUUCAGUUGCUGUGCAUACACAGACAAAAAUACAGCUGUUCACAGUCGAAUCAUUUGGUCUUGUGACUGGACACCAGAUAGCAAGUAUUUUGUUACUGGCAGUCGAGACAAAAAGGUCAUUAUCUGGGGCCAGUGUGACUUAUCUGAGGCUACUGAAGGGAAUAUGUUGGAUUCUGUCAAGCCUUGUUCAACAGUACUGGAUGUUGGGGAUUCUGUUACUGCUGUCAGUAUCAGCCAUGUGCUUACUCCUGAUGGAAGAUAUAUUGUUGCAGUAGGCUUAGAGAGUGGGAAGAUCAUCUUGUACACAUGGAAGCAGAGUGGGCAAGAACCAGCACUAGCAGAUUGGACCCUUUGUGUUGAGAUGGGUGACAGCCGAAGUCACGCUCUUGCUGUGAAACGUUUGUGUUGGAGACACCAUGCAGGCAGAGCCGGACAUAAUGAUCAGAACAGCAGUGAGUGGUUGCAGCUCGCAAGUUGUGGAGCUGAUCACUGUGUUAAGAUAUUCAAUGUCAACAGAUUUGCUCUUUAGCAAAGGCAGCAGGCCUUUGAAUCUGCACAAAACAGAUUCACAACAUUUUGUUUCUGCCUUUAGUCAUUUUGAUUGUUGGAUUUUCUGUUUUCUGCUGUGUAAAGCAAAACAUUUUACAUGUAACUUAUUAAAGCAACUUUUGUGCUAGUUUGAAAUGUCAAAUAUUUUCCUAAUUCUGCAGUUCCAGGAAUAUGAAGUACUUACACGUUUUGGUUGGUGAAUAUCCUAGAGGAUGGGAGGUGGAGUAGGGUGUGGGAGAAGGAUAAUGAGGUGUCUUUGUUCACUGUGGCUCCAAAGGUAGGUGGGAAGCUGCUGGUACUUGGGUUCUUCCGUGCUUGGGGUUACAAAUGGAGUACUGAAUUGUUUUGAGCUCCUUAUUCCUGUGCAGUUAAACAGAGGUCCGAGUUAAAUAUACAGCUUUCUCUGAUCACCUUCUGAACGUGUGUUACAGCCCUGAUCCAAGUCUUAGACCAACUUACGUAAGGAGGAGUAUUCCUCAUUCUUCUGCUGUUCAUAGUGCUGGGCUUAUGUUUCUUGGUCGUGUGAGGCUUAAUGGCCAACUCACAGACCACUUAAAUCUUGUGGGGUCUCCCCCGUGAGCCAUCUCUGAGCAGAGUGCUGUAGAAGAGUCACCUCUCACUCGGCUUUGAGGGAUGUCCUCUAGUUCGGACUGGAAGAGCUCACAAAUAUCAGUAGGUGGGACCUGAAAGGUGCCAGUCGUUCCUGAAUCUGCCUUUGGACUCUUCGUGACUUGUGAGUGCUCUUUAUCUAUUCUGGUGACAAGUUGAACCAGUUAGCUGAUUUGUCUGACUCUUGUAAUUUAAAUAGGUUGAUAAUAGACCUCAACAGGUCUGUCUCCAAUUCCAAAAUCAAAUUGGAAAUCAGUUAAACUUUGGGAUCAAAAUUAUUUUUGUUCCAGAACCAAUAGCUACCCAAACCGGUAGCACAGAAAUAACUGGAAUUGUGCUUAACUUUUUACUGUGUUCCAUCUUGAGCUAGAGAAUGAGCCAAAUUAUUUUCAAAAUAAUUAUAGAUGAGGUUUUAAAGGGAUUUGUAUUUUAGCUUUUUAUUUUCAGUUCUGUUUUUCAGCAUUAAAAAAAACCCAACUUUCUUCAAAACAUGGUAGGGGUCUAAACCCCAGCUUCUUAAUAAAGGUGCUUUGCUACAUUUUACUUGUACUUUACUUACGUGUGUGUUAAGCAUUUGAUUAGCGUAUUUUUUACUGGUCCAGGAAUUUUUAAACAACCAUUGACUGUAUCCUGGCAAAAGCAAGACAUAACUUGUCAUUCAUAAGGCAUCAAAGAGUUGUCAAAAGUGGAACUUUAUUCUCUGUCACAACUGUAAUUUGGUAUCUUACCUACAAUUUGAUUAUAAUAUUGGAGAACACUUUUCAAUACUAAUAUGUCUUGCCAUGCAGCCACUCUUGCCUAUAGGCAAAAGUGAAUGUCAUAUUGUCCCUCUCUUUUUGUUUUGUGACAUACUGUCAUUAAACAAGCAUCAGCUAUUACAUGGUUUAGUAAUCCAUUCCAUUACUCCUGGGAUUUUUGUGACUCAAUCGCAUUGAAGAAUAUACCUCAUUGUUCCACCUUUGAAUACAUCAGAUUAGUCUGUUGAUCUCCCAAGUCUAAAUGUUUGUAAUAGACACUUUAUUUUUCGAUUAAGUUAGAGGUUGUCAAGAGACACCUCAACACAUGACUAAUGUAUUAUGUAUGAUGUUAUCUUUGUUCACAUAUCACUUUACUAUGCAUUUAGUGGGUGUGACUUUUACAUACGCCUUUAUCUCCUCAGUAAAUCCACUAAAGUUUUUUUCAAACCAGCAGGUAAAUCAGCAUCAGGGUAACAAGUCAAAUUGUCUUAACUAAUAUCAGAAAAUUAUUUGGAUCAAUAUAAGCAUGAUACCAAGGAAAAAUGAGUGUAAUUAUAGCGAUCAUUUUGGGGGUAGCAUUGGGUACCUGAUGAAGAACAGAGUUCUUUAAACAACGAAGUAGUACUAUUUAAGAUGAUUUUUUCCUUUUUUGUUUUGUUUCUUUUUUUAAAAAAUGGAGAACAGCAAGCAUUUGCCAGACACUUACUAUCUUCUUUCUAUUUCAUGAUUCUUGUUUUAUUGGUUUGAUAAAUACUGCUGGAGUCAAGUGCCUUCUUGCUAUAUUUCCUUUUUUCUGUUUUUUUUCCCCAAAAACUGUUUCUUUAAUUGAAAGAUUCUACUGUUUUUUAUGCCCACCGAAUGGCUGUUGUUUUUAUUUUCUUCCAUGUGCUUUUUUUUUUUGUAUAUAGUUACUCAGAGAGACUCAGUUUAAUUAAUUAUAGUGCCUAUGGUCAUGUACUAUUUCAUACCUUAAAACAAAAUAAAAAACUAUGGCUUCAGUCAUAUUUACCUGACUGACCUGACCAUAGUCCUGUUUACCUAC